AUGGGUAAGAAGAAGAACAAAACUUCAACAGAAUUGGACGAUGAUGCGUUGUUAGACUUGGCUAUUCAGGAGGUCAAUAAUCAGGAGAAAGAUGAAGGUUCGUCUUCUGCUGGCGACAAAAACUUCUUCAAGCCAAACCUGAGGCAGAUGAAUGCAGAUGCUGAGAUAAAGGAGAAGCUGAGUCAAGCAAUGAUGAAAUCUAAAGGCAACAGAAUGGACAAUAAAGCAGUCAAAGCAAUAUUCAAACAUAAACCAACUUGGCCAGUUUUCCGUACUUUAGGUAAUAAAUGUUUGAACAAUUAAAAGUUUUGAAGUUUAACUUUUUUAUAUUAUUCUUGAAUAUUUAGGCAUGUCGUUCAAAUGUGUAAGGGAGGAAGGUCCUAUCAAGACGUUCCAAGUGGAACAUUCAUCUUCGUAUGCAAGUUUGCAAUUGUUGUUCACAUCGUUUCGACUCAAUCACGAUUUGGAGGCAAUAACUGUAUGUAGAGAUUUAUAUGUCCAAGAGACAUUUAUUAAUCACUUCUGUUAUUCUAAAUUUUUUUUUCAGAACAUGGUCUUGGCCGAGAACCCUUAUCACUUGGAAAGUUUAUUUCUGUUGGCACAGAACCACAUAAUGAGGGAGGAGUUCACAAGUGCCACCGACGUUUUAGGUAAUUAUUCAGAGACUUGCUGGGCUUCCUUGGCCAGUUCUUUGUCGAACAAGUGUUCUCCAAGACCAGGUCCGACGCGUAAGAGUUGGUUGUACUUGGCGGUCAUCUCUUUGAUCUCCAUGACUUGAACUCUGAGGUAGUGCUCUUCCAGAAAGUUGGUCAUCUGAAUUUAGGAUUACAAUAUCUGUUUGAAUAGGAUGUUGUGUCGACUUUAAAUGAAUUAGUUAGGUAGAUAGCUUACAUCAGAAUCCUGCUUGUUGGAAGCGAUCUCGUGAAGUCUCAUCAACGAGGUGUUGUUGUUCCUCUCGAGAUCGACAGCGUCUUUGAAGGCCGCUAACAAUGAAGCCCAUUCCUGAUUUUGUGGAGCCGAAAGCUGUGCCAGCUUGACAACUCCUCCUCUGUCAGUCAUGUACUCGAUCAGUUUGUAGGCAUGAGUCAGUUCGUCUAGAUGCUGGUUGUGGAAGAACGCUCCAGCACCAUACAAUGCCACAUUAGUCCUUCUGAAGUAGUUGGCCUAAAAUUAAAGUAAUUACAAGAUUAAAAAUUGUUUUUUACUUAAAAAUAACGUUUUCUUUAAAGCAACGUUAAGCGAUAAAAAGUGUAUGUUACUAUAGAUUUACCAUAGCCAAAUAGGUGUAGCUCGCGAACAGUUCAUUGUUGAUUUGGACGUUGAUCGAGUGUUCGCAGUCUAUAUCAAAGUUUUGUCUUGAUUCCAUUUUAACGACCACUUCCAGCAACAAAGUCAGUCAGGAUGAUUCCAAUUCAAAUUUCAAAAAGUCAAAUUUAGUAAAUUUUAAAAUUUGGAUUUUUUUUAGAAAGAUCCCUUUUUGCCAUAACUUCGUGCACAUUCCAGUUCAACCUGCUGUCAGAGCAACAUCAGUUGAACUACAGAUCAGCAGAAACGAGGAUCAUCUUCCAGUUGUUGUUCUCCUUCAUCCAGCUCUUGGUUUGUAGACAUUGUUUUGUCACUGCGUUACAAUACGGGAAAUUACUGUACUCCAAGGACCCCAAAAACGAUCCUCUGGCAAUGACAUUGUUAAUCGACUUUAUUGCCCUUAAGUCAGGAAACUACAAUUAUCUAGCCGACGUCUUUGAAGAGUACAGGGUAAGUUAGCUUUAAGAAUUUUUUUAAUUGUAAUACAUAAUCUAAUUUCAUGUAGAUCUAUAAAUAAUUUUUUUGAAUUACAGUAUGCGGCUUUUUUAGAAAACCAAAAACUGGGAAAUGUUACCCAAUUUCCUUUACAGUACCGCUUAUGCUUGCCAUAAGUUGUACGAGAAGACUGGAGAUGAAGUUUACUUGGUAAAAGAGAAGGAAUUAACAAAGUUGGCAUUGAUUCGUUUUCCACAAGUUAUUGGUGCUCUAGUGCAGAGGAUGGGGCUGGAUCCCACAGAUACCGUCAAGGCUACUGGACACUUUGGUUACUCGGAGACAAGGUAACUUGUCUUAUCUUUAUUGGGAUCUCUUUUAGCGUACCAUUGGGCAUCAGAAUGCUGGUGAACAUCUUCUUCAAGCAUUCGUAUACCUUCUGGAGUCACGGUCCUCAGUUAGCGUGGCUACAACAGAUUUCAGAAGAAUUCGCUUCUAAUUUCAAAACUCACAAGAGUAAGAUAAACGAGUGGAACAAGACGUAAGUAAUGGCAUUAAUUAUAAAAUUUAUUUCGUAAAAGUCUGUAAUCCGUCGUAAAGUGGUAUCACUUGGAGUAUGUUUUGAAAGUGUUACAGUAGUCCCGUCUGAGUGAUUAUUGUAAGUUAAUUUCAGUUGUAUACGUGUGUUUGUUGGGCUACCCGUGAACGUGAAGCGACAUGCUCUGUUGAUUGGCAUCGACCCAGAAACAGAGGAAGACAAGAACUUCUUCGACCCGUUCCCUCCACAACACCCGGCUACAUCGUCGGCCGCUCCACAAGAGCAGGGAUCGGUAGCCGGUGUGAUCCGGCAUCAGAUCAACGGUCUCAUGUCAUCUUUGCGCGACGUCCUGGAUCAGGUAAGCAUGAAGAUAGGUUUUAUGUACUCGAAGCAUAGCACGAGCAGGAUUACCGCACUCAUGUAGAGAAAGGCACACAACACUGCUGAGGUACUGAAAAGGACUGCCUUUAAGACUAGUUUCAAGUUGCUUUGGGAUCAAAAGAUCGAAUACUGUAGAAUGUUGGUAGACAAUUUUUCAAAACGAAAUGGAAUAUACAAAAAUCUAAUGUUGGGACUUUAUAAAAUAUUUUUGGCAUAAUAAGUGAAAUAGGUUAAGUCAUCCGUACAAAAAGGCAAAGUGUCCCUUUGUGAACAGUCUUAGAGCCUUAUUUUUCUAUUUUUGACAAAAAAGACUUAACUCCUUGGAUCUUCUUUAAUCCCGUUACCGUGUGAAGUCCCACUUAGAAAAAUGAAUUUAAAAAUAAUCAAGAAGCGAAAUGUCUUACGUUUUCAUCUUGACACCCUCCACCGAAGGCGGACGUUCACGGGGCGUGGGAUCAUCGCUGGUGCUAACUAAAAUUGCCCGGUUCAUGUCACAUCAUCUCAUGCUCAAAAUGAGGAGCUUUGAGUAGGGGACCGGUAUAAGCCCCUCCUCUCAUCCCUCCCCCCCCCCUCGACCUAUAAUCCAGAUUAAUAUGAGAGGGACUCACGGAUGGCUCGUCUUGAGUUAAACAUCUUUUGUUACAGAUCCAGGAUUCGAAUGCAAACGCCGCGGAUGUUCGGAAUGGCCCUGACGCACAGUGA